UUCAGUCAGCACUGUCCAUCCUUGAUCAGCCAGCAAUUGUCUUUGUCGCGAACAUCACUUUGUGUGGCUUUAAAUAUAACCAUGCAAUUCGAAAAUGCUCUGAGGUACCUGGGGGAUUUCGGCCUGUAUCAAAAAGUGGUGUAUUUCACCCUAUGCGUUAUGUCUAUUCCCACCGCCUGGCAUAGCCUGGGUAACACGUUUCUGAGCGCUUCGCCGGACCAUCAAUGUCGCCUGUACGACAACUACACCUACAACGCCUCCAAGGCGCAUGACGAGGUGCGUAGGUGCUCCAUACCUAAGCUUGACAACGGGCGCUGGGACAGCUGUAAGAUGUAUGCCAACGCCUCCGAACCGUACAGUGAUUGUAAUGUUGAUGAGCUUGGACAGCCUGUUCCGUGUGAACUGGGAUGGGUGUAUGAUACCACUGUGUACACGGAGACUGCGGUAACAGAGUGGGACAUUGUAUGCAAAAGGGACGCCGAGCGCCAGCUGUCCAAGAGCUUGGUUUUGGCGGGAAAGAUGGUUGGUUCGAUGAUCUGUGGUCAGCUGGCUGAUGUAGUAGGAAGAAAGAAAGCCUUCACGUUGGCUAUCCUUUUGAUGGUGGGUGUUGGCACGGGAGCCUCGUUUGUCACCAGCUUUACCGUCUUCCUAGUCAUGCAAUUCCUGCUUGGUGUCUCCUCGUCUGGAACCUUUGUGGUUGCCAUAGUGAUAGCCACUGAGAUGGUUGGGAGGUCCCAGCGAGCUAACGCAGGUAUAGUCAUCGAGUAUUUCUACAGCGUAGGUUAUAUGUCUCUAGCUCUUAUCGCAUGGAGACUCCGUGACUGGCGAAGCAUUGAACUGGCAAUAUCCAUCCCACCAGUGAUUUUUCUGUCUUACUACUUUAUUGUGCCCGAGUCUCCACGAUGGCUGAUUUCCAAGGGUAAGCUGGUCGAGGCCGAGAAGAUCGUGAGACGGGCCGCAAAAGUGAACAAAGUGGAGCUGCCAGAAAGCGUGUUUACGGAUGAUGACACUGACCAAAUGAAACAUCAGAUGGACGUGGAAACUGAGCAAGCAGUGAGAAGACACACUUUCAUUGAUCUCAUACGGUAUCCAAACUUGAGGAAGAAGAUGCUGAAUAUUUAUUUCAACUGGAUAAGCAACAACCUGGUCUAUUAUGGCCUUAGUUUCUUCACCGAGGACCUUGGGAAUAAUCCCUACUUAGCCUUCUUCAUAUCCGGAGCAGUGGAAGUCCCCGCUCUUAUUGUAUGUCAGCUGCUGCUGGGAAGAAUUGGACGUAAAUGGCUCAUAUGUACAUUAAUGACCAUCGGGGGCGUCUUGUUAUUAUGUGUCCUUGCAAUCCCAAAAGAUUCGACCACUCUUAUUCUGGCGAUUGCUAUGAUCGGUAAGCUGUGUAUUUCAGGCUCGUAUGCAGUCGUCUACUUGUACGCCAUCGAACUCUUUCCAACUCCUGUGAGGAAUGUUGGUGUUGGCAUGGGCUCCUUCAUAGCUCGUGUCGGUUCUAUUGCCUCCCCGUAUAUCCUGCUACUUGGUGACUACACGUUCUCACAGCUGCCGUUUCUGGUAUUCGGGAGCUUUGCUCUGUUGAGUGGUAUUCUCACACUGCUUCUACCGGAGACUCUAGGAACUAGACUGCCAGAGACGUUGGAGGAGGGGGAAUCCUUUGGCAAGAACAUGACAAUCCGUGAGAUGUUUAAGCUACCGAACUGUCGCCGAGUCCAGGAUCCCAGUGAAGACCACGUUUUUGAAAUGCGAUAUAAGAACGAGGACAAAAAACCGAUAACAGUGGAGCUAGAAGUAAUGUCUUGCGAUGUGGGCGUACAGACGAUUUAGUGAGCUGAUUGUGUUCUCAACACCACUCGCCGUCCGCUCGUCAUAAGUUGAUAUGUUUUAAGAUUGUUGCUGCCCUAGUAUGAGCAUUAUGAAAAGGGAAAAAAGACCAGACAACCCAAACACAUGUACAAGUGUGUUUUGGGCCACAAGUGGGGACCCCUUAUUGUUCCUCAGUUUGUUCGACCUAUUCUGGAAGACCUCCCUUACGUUUUGUACUCGAAUGUCGAUCAGGGAUCCUCGGUGAAUCAGGGACCUAAUUGUUCCGUAUUGCUCAGGGUCUCCAAUAGAAUGGGAAACUCAACCCAACCCAACUCAACCCAACCCAACCUAAUCCCAACCCAACCCAACCAA